CUGAGGCUGUUGCCAUGUCAACCAUAAACUAAACAGGGAAACCUAAUUGGUACUAGCUUUGGAAGCUAAUAGCUUAAAAGCUACUUUUUAUGUUGCAAAAUUAAGCUCAUACCGACUCGUAAACGAGCUUCGUAGCAAUAAUGGAAGCUGAAUCUCAAGGGUCCGCGAUAAUUCCUUUUGCCUUGCCCAAAGGAGCGGAAAAGUUCUGCGAGCUUUGCCAAAGAGAAGCCCGCCUGCAAUGUAGCAAGUGUCGAGUCACUUUUUACUGUGCUGCAGAGCACCAGCAGGCUGACUGGGUGGGGAUCCACAAGAGAAUUUGUCAGCUUCUUGUUCCCAUCCGCGCCCUGACACUCCGCAGUCUCCAACAGACCAGUCACACUGAAACACAAAUUAAAAAGGCAGAGCUUAUUGAGAUUUGCAGGUUGGUGGCUCAAAGCAAGCUAUCUGAGGGAAAACACCAAGAGGCUCUGCCUGCUGCUCAACUCUGCCUGCGCUGUUCCAUAGACGUUCAUGGCCCUAACACCGUCCAGCUGGUCCCUGCCUACCUGCUGCUGGCUGAAGCCAACAUGGGUUUGGGUAAUCUAGACCUUGUGGCAGAUUUCCUGUCCCAGGCAGAGUGGGCAGUGUUGAAGAGUCCAAAAUGUGGUCUCACAAUCCACCACCAGCUCCACAGGAGCCUGGGCCGCCUCCAUGUGGCGACCGGAGACCUGGAGACUGCGUUGCAUAACUUUGCAAAUGAUAUCUACUUUGCUACUGAGGAGUAUGGUCUGGAUAGCACAGUCACCUCUCGGGGCUACUUUCUCAUGGCUGAUGUGUUUACCAAGCAGGGGAAGAUGCCCACUGUUCGUUCCUUGUACUCUGAGGUGGCACGUAUUUGGCACUGUCACCUGACCAGACUUCUCGAGACUCGCAAAGAAAGCAUCCAAAAUCCACCGGUGGACUCCUUUUAUGACAAAGCCGAGCGAGUUGAAGUGGAUGAGAUGUUGAGAACUAUGUUGGAGUUUGAGCAGAAAGACACCAGAAAAGACCCAGCACGGAUUGCAGUGGUGGCCCACUGCCUGGCCAUGUUGUCGUUCCUAGGAGGAGACUUCCUCAAGGCGCAGGGAUUUGGCAGCACAGCCUUGCAGGCCAGCCAGCUGAUACCAGACCAUGACCUGACAGAGCCCAUCCAGGCCCUGCUGCAACUGGUGAAGAUACUCCACACAGUCCCACAUCCUGGCUCUGCGGAGUCACAGUACUAAGCCCUGCCCAUCGCUCUGCUUGGAGAUCUGCGCUUUAAUAAGGAUAUUUGUGCCGCCCCACAAUGAUGAAAAUAUACAAUCAAAUGCAAAAUUUUCCAUAUGCUGUACAGUAUUAUUGAGAGUGGAUAAAAAAAAUAGAUGCACAGAUACAGUUAAAAGAAAAAAGACACAUUUUCACUUGUUCUGGAUAAUGACUCGUCUUUAUUUUAAUCUAAAAAAAAAAAAAAAAGGGAUAUAUAUACAUCAUUUUGAACAUUAGUGAAUUACAUCUUUUUGGGAUCCAUUUCUUAACACUGUCAAAAUGUUAUGGAACACAAAAAUGAUCAAGGGCAUUUGCUCAAACCUUUGUGAUGCAAUGUUUUUGCUUGUUUUGUACCUAGCAACCUGGAGCCUCUACACCAAUUCGCCAAAUGCAGACAUAAUUAAAGAUUUCCAGUGUCUGCGUUUUGUCAAGAGAGCUGCACUUUUAGAGGCAAAAACAUUGCAUCGUCCUCCUGCAAUGGAAAGAAUGUUGUAAACCUGUUAGCAAACCCAAGGUUCAUGUCAGAACAGACAUUUAAUUGCUGAGAUCUUACACAAUAUGUACAAUUCUGAAACAAUUAUUCAUAUCAAAAAAAUCAGUUUUAAAAUCAUCUCACUACUUGUGUAAUUUGCACUGAAUUUAUACAAUAAAACAUUUGUUGUUGGUCA